AUCAGUUCAACCAGCAGCUCAGAGCAGAACACCAGCACCAGCACACCAGCAACCCCAGCCAACCACAAGAUGGCCCUCUCCCACAUGAUCUUGGUCGCCGUGGUGGUGGCGUCCGCCAGCAGCAGCCCCGUCGGUGGCUACGGCGGUAGCGUGGUGCUCGGUAGCGCCGAGUCCUACGCCUCCAUCAGCACCGCCCCCGCCGUCGCUUCCUACGCCACCCCCGCCGUGGCUUCCUACGCCGCCCCCGCCGUCGCUUCCUACGCCGCCCCCGCUGUGACCGCCUACGCCGCCCCCGCCGUGGCCUCCUACGCCGUCCCCGCCGUCUCCUACAAGGCCGAGCCCGAGAUCAUCGCCUACCCGCGGUACGCCUUCAAGUACGGCGUCACGGACGGCAAGACGGGCGACGUGAAGGACCAGGCCGAGGAGCGCGACGGCGACGUGGUGAAGGGCGAGUACUCCCUGCUGCAGCCCGACGGCAGGAAGCGCGUCGUCAACUACCUCUGCGACGGCAAGAACGGCUGCAACCAGGUCGUGUCCUACAGCGGCCAGGCCGUGCACCCCCAGGUGGUGGUCCCCGUCAAGGUGGCCGCGUACGGACCCGCCUACUAGUGCCCACCUUUGUGACUGACUCAUCAUUGCGCUGUAAAUAUCUCAUCGAAUAAAGACGAAUAUU